AAUUUUGGUAGCAGCGACAGCACCGAUUUGUCUGCGAGUACGCUUCGAGCAUUGGGAUGCCGCGCAACUGUUGACAUUGACAAUUUAUCACGACGACUGAGGUGUCAGGUGUCAGUCUUUGUUUAUUUUUCAGCAUUGAAAUGUGGUACGAAAGCUUAAAAGAUAAAGAACUGAGACAAACUAGCCUAUACAAAUAGAUAAUGUAACUGUUACCGCUCAUAGCGUUUGGUUUUUCUUUUUUGGAGUUUUUCCAAUUUGUUAAGCAGUUCAGAACACAAUAUGACUGAUUACAAGAGAUUCCUGAGCCUGUUGUACCCCGAUGGCUAUCCUGCUCAGUGGGAAGAUGACCCCAAAAUUCGAGAUUAUAUCCUUAAACUGGGAACAUACCAUGUUGAUAACUUGGUAAGAGAACCAGAUAGACUCAAACAUGAAGCUGCCAGUUUACAAGAACAUAUACAGGAGUUAGCUGUUUCAAACUACAGAACAUUCAUAGAGACAGCAGAAUGUUCAAGAGAAUUGUUUUCUCAGUUCAAUUCAAUUGAGUGCAAGCUGGAUAUGCUUCUUAGUGACAUACCGAAGUUUGAAGAAAAAUGUAAAGAAUUUGGAGAGAAAUCUGGUGAUAUAAAUGAAGUAAGAAGGCUCAAUUCCUUAACAUUAAGUAAGAGUUUACAGUUACUAGAGGUAUUAGAGCUGCCCCAAUUGAUGAACUCAUUUAUAAAUGAUGGCCUUUAUGAGGAUGCUUUGGAAUUGGCUGCAUAUGUGAGGAAAAUUUACAACAAACAUUCCAAUAUCGUUAUAUUUAAGAGUAUUGUUGAUGAUGUAGAUAAAGCAUGGCUAACAAUGCUUCAUCAGUUGCUAACUCAGUUGAGGCAGGAUUUAUCAUUACCAAAAUGCCUGCAAAUAGUAGGUUAUUUGAGAAGAAUGCAAGUUUUCUCAGAAACUGAAUUGAGGCUUAAGUUUUUACAGACCAGAAGCUGUUGGUUAGAUGAAUGCUUAAGAAAUAUUCCAAAAGAUGAUAUGAGCAACCAUCUUACCAAAACUAUUGACGUUACUAGAGUAAAUUUGUUCAACAUUCUUACUCAGUACCGAGCCAUUUUCAAUGAUGAUGAACAUAGCCCAUUGGUAGGAGAUAGCUCCAAGAAUCAGAAUGUAAUUUUUUACUGUUGGAUCAAAGAUAAGAUAUCCCAAUUCCUGGUAACUCUCAAAGAAGAUUUGAAGUACAUUUCUUCUAUAGAAUCUAUAUUAGAGCAAUGCAUGUAUUUUGGCUUAUCAUUCAGCAAAGUAGGGUGCGAUUUUCGCUCACAGAUGAUUCCUAUAUUCACUUCAAGGAUAUCCGAAAAUUUCAAUGAGUCCAUCACUGAUGCUACAAAGAAUUUUGAACAAAACAUGGAAAAAUUUACUUUAAUCGACAAAAUCCAUCCAAGUAUCCCUUGGAAGUCUAAGUCCGAAGAUCAGAUGCAACCACCUGAUAGCCUGUUAGAAUUUUAUCCCUUAGGGGAGUAUUUAAACAACGUACUAAACGUUUUGAAUAAAUUGAGGUUAUGCGCUCCAGUAGCGGUUGCUGAUGAUGUAGUGUCAAGUCUGCAGGACUCGCUCACGGUUAUUGCAAAGUCUCUGCAAGUAUUGUACAACCAAGAACAGCAAGCUUUGACACAUAAUUCCAAGGAAGCUUUCACGAGGAUGUGCAUGAGCUUCGCGGACGAUUUGGUGCCUUACAUCCAGAAAUGUAUCCAUAUAAUCUAUCCACCUAGUCACUUGGCGGCAAAGUUGGGAGUCACUGUGCAAUAUCUUCACGAAGACGGUAUCACUUUUCUCAAUAAACAGGCCGUUAUUGAACCUAUGAGGCAUUUGCUACCGGCAAAGGUUGUGCCCGAUAGUCAUCUUUUGAAAGACGAUAUGGUGAAAAAUGAAGAUGAAGGUGUUCUUACUGAAGAGAAAGUCUGUGACAAUAAUAUUGAGGAUGAGAAAUAGUAAGUAGUACUUUUUUUUGUAAAACUGUACUGAAAGACCAAUAAAUGUUGUGUAUAACAAAUUAGAAUCCUUGGAAACCUACCUAAACAUUAGCUUUAAACCCACAGAAAUAGUAAAUGAGGAAAUGUAAUAAAAACUGUUAAGAAGUCUAAUUUUCAUUUUGCCUUUCAAGACCAGCUGCCUAAAUGACUAAUUUACCUUUUUUAUCGUUGCCACUUGCCACGUAUGCUGCAGUUGUUUCGCUGCCAGGGAAUGUUAUUCACAAGUACAAAAAUAAGCGAUCUAAGUUGCACAUACCUCUUUCAUUUUCUCCCUCCAAAAAUACCGAAUUCUGACAUUAUAUUAGCGCCGAAGACAUUAUUGACAUUGGAAAGAAAUGUCCGAGCAAUAAAAGGAACCGCAUUCUAUAGUGGCGCGCGGCUUGGUUGGGUUGUUUCCAAUGGCGGUGGGCUGUUGCUGUGAUGAAUUAAAUUCCCAAUAUGGCGUGAGUUUCAAAGCAGAUGACAUAUUUAUUUGUAAAAUAUCUCUAGGCUAAAUUUAGUUCCAAAUUUUAUGAGAAAAUUCGUUACUGAAUUUAGUUUUCAAUUUGUUCACGAAUUACAAUCCUGUCUGACAC